CUUCCCCCUCCUCUCUUUUAGCUUUUAUCCCCGAGUCGAGGAAUCGAAUCCCUGCGCUGAGUCGAGGCGGCCGAGUCCACCCCCCUUCUCCCUUCUCCCGUCUUCGAGACGUCUCCCUCGCGAGCUAUCGUUUGUUACACACGCGUUCCUUCCCUUUCCUCUUUCCGCCCACCUCGUUUGACCGAGUCGUGGAAUCGUUGGCCCGGUCACCCCCACCUCCGCCCCGACUCGGAGGAGGACGGCUUGGCCAGCCACCGCUGUGGAAGACGAGGAGCUCGAGGAGGACCGGAGAGGGGCAGAGAGAGGGAGGGGAAGAGGGGAGGCGAGGCGAAACCCUAGAUCCGGUGGAUUUCUAGGUUUUGGAUGCGUCGCUAGGGUUUAAGGUUUUCGGGGGAAGAAGAAGAGGGAGAAGGGAUCGGGGGCGAGGAUGAUGGUCUCGAGGGGGUUGUUCGGGUGGUCGCCGCCCCAUGUGCAGCCGCUGACGCCGGUCUCGGAGGUGUCGGAGCCGCCGGAGUCGCCGUCGCCGUACAUGGACAACGGAGCUGAUACGGUGCCGGUGGAGGACGAUGGGGCGGUGGAUGAGGUGGAGGAGAUCGAGCCGCCGCCGGCCACCGUGCCCUUCUCGAGGCUCUUUGCCUGCGCUGAUGGGGUCGAUUGGGCACUGAUGGCUGUUGGGGCCGUAGCUGCAGCCGCCCACGGGAUGGCCCUGGUGAUCUACUUGCAUUUCUUUGGGAGGGCCAUCAACUUGCUCAACUCGCAGAGCGACAACUCCGAGAUGCACGCUAAUGGGGAUCUGCUGUUUAGAAAAUUCAAGGAUCAUGCCCUAUACAUUAUUUAUAUAGCUGUUGGAGUAUUUGUUGCCGGUUGGAUAGAGGUCUCAUGCUGGAUUCUCACUGGAGAGAGGCAGACUGCAGUCAUAAGGUCAAAGUAUGUCCAAGUCCUGCUGAACCAGGACAUGAGCUUUUUUGAUACCUAUGGAAACAAUGGAGAUAUAGUUAGUCAAGUGUUGAGUGAUGUGCUGCUCAUCCAAUCUGCUUUAAGUGAAAAAGUUGGGAACUAUAUUCAUAACAUGGCAACGUUCUUUGGUGGUCUUAUCAUUGGUUUGAUCAACUGUUGGCAGAUAGCACUUCUAACACUAGCAACUGGUCCUUUCAUUGUUGCAGCAGGAGGAAUAUCAAAUAUUUUUCUUCAUAGACUUGCUGAAAAUAUUCAGGAUGCAUAUGCUGAAGCAGCAAGCAUCGCAGAACAGGCAAUCUCAUAUAUUAGGACAUUGUAUGCCUUUACAAAUGAAACUCUUGCAAAGUACUCCUAUGCAACCUCACUUCAAGCUACGCUACGCUAUGGGAUAUUGAUUAGUCUUGUGCAAGGUCUCGGUCUUGGAUUCACAUAUGGACUUGCUAUAUGUUCUUGUGCUUUACAACUUUGGGUUGGAAGGUUUCUGAUUUCACAUGGAAAAGCCAAUGGUGGUGAAAUUGUGACAGCUUUAUUUGCUGUAAUUUUAAGUGGCCUUGGACUAAAUCAAGCAGCUACGAACUUCUAUUCAUUUGAGCAAGGGAGAAUUGCUGCUUACAGACUUUAUGAGAUGAUAAGCCGUUCAAAUUCUACUGUUAAUCAGGAUGGCAACACCCUAGAUUCAGUGCAAGGAAAUAUUGAGUUCAGGAAUGUAUAUUUCAGUUAUCUUUCUCGGCCAGAAAUCCCCAUACUAAGUGGUUUCUACCUAACUGUACCUGCUAGAAAAACUGUGGCCCUUGUUGGUAGGAAUGGUUCCGGGAAAAGCAGUAUAAUUCCUCUCAUGGAGCGUUUCUAUGAUCCCACGUUAGGGGAAGUUCUAUUGGAUGGAGAGAAUAUAAAACAUCUAAAGCUGGAAUGGUUGAGAAGCCAAAUAGGACUAGUCACCCAGGAGCCAGCUUUGUUAAGUUUAAGCAUCAGGGAUAAUAUAGCCUACGGACGAUCUGCUACAUCUGAUCAGAUUGAAGAAGCUGCUAAAACAGCUCAUGCACAUACAUUCAUUAGUUCACUUGAAAUGGGAUAUGAAACACAGGUUGGUAGGGCUGGUUUGGCAUUGACUGAAGAACAGAAAAUAAAGAUAUCAAUUGCUCGUGCUGUGCUUUCAAACCCUUCUAUUCUUUUACUAGACGAGGUCACCGGUGGACUAGAUUUUGAGGCAGAAAGGGCUGUUCAAGAGGCAUUGGAUAUUCUUAUGCUGGGAAGGUCCACUAUAAUAAUAGCUAGACGCCUUAGUCUUAUCCGCAAUGCUGAUUAUAUUGCAGUAAUGGAGGAGGGUCAACUUGUGGAAAUGGGUACCCAUGAUGAAUUGCUGAAUCUUGAUGGCUUGUAUGCAGAACUUUUGAGAUGCGAGGAGGCAGCAAAGCUUCCUAAGAGGAUGCCCAUCAGGAACUAUAAAGAUCCCUCAAGUUUUCAAAUUGAGAAGGAUUCAUCAGGAAGUCAAAGUCUACAGGAACCAUCUUCUCCUAAAAUGUCAAAAUCACCUUCUCUUCAGAGAGCACAUGGUUUUCAUGCAAUUAGGCAGCCGGAUGCCAGUUAUAACUCGCACGAGUCACCAAAGAGUCAAAGCCCACCCUCAGAGCUUAUGGUGGAAAAUGGAAUGUCCUUGAUACCAUCUGAAAGAGCUCCAACUAUCAAAAGACAGGACAGUUUUGAGAUGAUGUUGCCCGAGCUUCCUAAAAUAGAUGUCCAUUCCAUAAACCGACAAUCUUCAAAUACUUCAGACCCAGAAUCUCCUAUUUCUCCAUUACUCACAUCUGAUCCUAAAAAUGAGCGUUCUCAUUCUAAGACUUUCAGCCGUCCCCUUAAUCAGUUUGAUCAUGUGUACACUAAAGAGGAGAUGAAGGACCUUCAGCGCCACAAACCUCCAUCCUUCUGGAGGCUUACUGAACUCAGUUUUGCUGAGUGGCUUUACGCUCUUCUAGGAAGCACUGGUGCCGCAAUUUUUGGAUCAUUUAAUCCUCUCCUUGCUUACACUAUUGCACUUAUAGUGGCAGCAUAUUACAGAAUAGAUGUCCGUGAUAUCCAUAAUGAAGUGAACAAGUGGUGCUUGAUCAUUGCAUGUAUGGGUAUCAUCACAGUGGUUGCAAACUUUUUGCAGCACUUCUAUUUUGGUAUAAUGGGGGAGAAAAUGACCGAGCGAGUUAGGAGGAUGAUGUUCUCAGCAAUGUUGCGGAAUGAAGUUGGAUGGUUUGAUGAAGAAGAGAAUAGUGCUGAUACAUUGUCCAUGCGUUUGGCUAAUGAUGCAACAUUUGUUCGUGCUGCAUUCAGCAACCGGCUUUCCAUAUUCAUACAGGACACUUCUGCAGUUGUUGUUGCCAUUCUUAUAGGUAUGCUGCUAGAAUGGCGGGUGGCACUAGUUGCACUUGCAACUCUACCCAUCCUAACAGUUUCUGCUGUUGCACAGAAAAUGUGGCUUGCUGGAUUUUCCAGAGGAAUUCAAGAGAUGCACAGGAAAGCCUCGUUGGUUCUUGAAGAUGCAGUUAGAAACAUUUAUACUGUUGUUGCAUUUUGUGCUGGUAACAAGAUAAUGGAGCUUUACAGAUUGCAGCUUAGUAGAAUACUAAAACAGAGUUUCAUUCAUGGAAUGGCAAUCGGGUUUGCUUUUGGCUUCUCACAGUUCCUUCUUUUUGCCUGCAACUCUCUUCUUCUUUGGUAUACUGCUUUUUCUGUGGACAAAGGUUAUCUAACGAUAGCCACAGCACUUAAAGAGUAUAUCGUUUUCUCUUUUGCAACCUUUGCUCUGGUGGAGCCAUUUGGCCUUGCUCCUUAUAUACUAAAACGGCAGAAGUCACUUACCUCAGUAUUUGAGAUCAUAGACCGUGUACCAAGUAUCGAUCCAGAUGACAACACUGGCCUAAAACCGCCUAAUAUUUAUGGGAGCAUCGAGCUUAAAAAUGUUGAUUUCUGCUAUCCAACCCGACCUGAGGUGAUGGUUCUCAGCAAUUUCAGUCUUAAAGUGAGUGGGGGACAAACAGUGGCAGUGGUGGGGGUGUCAGGAUCUGGUAAAAGCACAAUAAUAUCUUUAAUCGAGAGAUUUUAUGACCCUGUUGCUGGCCAAAUUUUGUUGGAUGGCCGGGAUUUGAAGCUUUUCAAUUUGAGAUGGUUGCGGGGGCACAUGGGUCUGGUUCAACAGGAACCAGUUAUAUUUUCAACAACCAUUAGAGAGAAUAUCAUCUAUGCGAGGCAUAAUGCAACGGAGGCUGAGAUGAAAGAAGCUGCAAGGAUAGCAAAUGCGCACCACUUCAUCAGCAGCUUGCCACAUGGUUAUGACACACACGUGGGCAUGAGAGGAGUUGACUUGACGCCUGGACAGAAGCAGCGGAUUGCCAUUGCUAGGGUAGUACUAAAGAAUGCACCUAUAUUGUUAUUGGAUGAGGCAAGCUCUGCAAUUGAAUCCGAGUCGAGUCGAGUGGUGCAGGAGGCACUUGGCACACUGAUCAUGGGGAACAAGACAACUAUUCUUAUUGCACAUAGGGCAGCGAUGAUGAGGCAUGUGGACAACAUUGUCGUUCUGAAUGGUGGUAGGAUAGUUGAACAUGGCACCCAUGAGUCGUUGGUGCAGACGAACGGUUUGUAUGUGAGGUUGAUGCAACCUCAUUUCAGCAAAGGCCUACGGCAGCAUCGGCUUGUCUAGGCAAGUUUUUUUUUGUGGUACUUGUAAAUUGUAGCAGAAUAUCGAGUUCUCUUUCGCCUGUUAUUUGAUCAUUAGAAGGUUAUUGGAUGUGUGACAUGUCAAUAGUCAGUGGCGCCGCUACUGGGUGAUAUAUGUUGGUAGUGACAAUUUGGAGAAUGGGUGGAGUGGAGAAUUGAUGCGCUUGUAACAUGGUUGAUUUCUACUGGUCGUGAUAAUUAACAUUGUUAAAACUGGAGUGCCAUUAGGAUCAAAAAAUGUUUUAUGUUGAUUAGAGGACAAAUGGGCAACCGAGGCAGCAUGGUUUGUGUUGUGCAUCAAUUCUUUUGGAGGCCUGCAUUUCCACACUGGAUGCUGCCUCCGUAGUGUAUUAAUUUCUUGUUCCAAGAGAGAGCUGUAAUAUUAUUUUUGUGGAGGUGAUGCUGUGUGUCUUCUGUAAUCACUGUCUUUCUCCUAAAACUAAUUUUCCACAUGAACAUGCAGCCUAUUGAUUUCUUCU